GGAUGCGAGCGGAAUGUAUGAGGCGGGCUCUUCAGGGAGACCCAGGUGUUGGGACAACGUCCACGGACUGCUAGUCCUUAUCGCUACAGUACUAUAACACAUCAGCAUUACUUGGUGCUAAGCCAUUUUGGACUGAGAGGUCGACGGGCAUACUGUGCAGCUCGGCCUCUCUCUCUCUCUCUUUCUCCCUUUCUAUCUGCUGUGUGUAGAAGAAGCAUACACGGAAGUUGUUGGAUGGCAGCUCUUUUCCAGAAGUUCACAAUGAAGACCAGCGUUUUUCUGCUCCUGCUCGCAGCUUUCACCUGUGGACUCGCACAGGGAGAAGAAAAUGCAGCCGAGGAGCUGCAGGUGGAGACCUUGGUGAAACCCGAAACUUGCUCUGUACUUUCCACAAUGGGAGACACGCUGCAAAUCCACUACACGGGUAAACUGAUGGAUGGAAAGGUGAUCGACUCAUCACUGUCCCGGGACCCUCUUGUUGUUGAGCUGGGGAAGAGGACAGUUAUUGCUGGACUGGAACAAAGCUUGGUUGGCGUGUGUGAAGGGCAAAAAAUCAAAGCCACUAUUCCCUCUCACCUUGCAUAUGGAAAAAAGGGUUACCUUCCUACGAUUCCAGGUGAUGCUGCUCUUGAGUUCGAGGUGGAGGUGAUUUCUCUAACACAGCAAACACCGUGGCAGAAAAUGGUCAACGACGUGUUCCCCCUCGUGUGUUUGGCCCUGGUCCCCACUCUGCUCGGCAUGGUGGGACUUUACCUUUACAAAAAGGCCAACUCCCAGAAGCCUAGCAAAAAGAAGGCAAAGGAUAAGAAGAUCAAGAAGAAAUAAGGACAAGGCACAGAACUAUUUAAAUAAACAUUUUUUAAUUGUA